CACUGAAUUAGUACCCACUUAAAGCAAGUGCCUUUUAUCAGGCUCUCACAACCAACUACUCCCCUGCAAUGCCUUCAGCUCCUGACAUCAACAUGAGGUUCAAGUUUUCAGCUGUGGCUCUUCUUCUGGAAGUGAUCAUCAUUGUUUUGUUUGGGAUAUUUGUGGAAUAUCGAGAAGAUAAUAACCCUGAAAUUUUAUACCCAAUCUUUCAGGAUGUCCAUGUGAUGAUAUUUGUUGGGUUUGGUUUCCUGAUGACCUUUCUGAAGAAAUAUGGAUUCAGCAGUGUUGGUAUCAGCAUGCUCCUUGCUGCCUUUGGUCUCCAGUGGGGAACCCUCGUGCAAGGAUUUUGGCACAUGCAAGAAGGGAAAAUUCAUGUUGGCAGCAAGAGCAUGAUAAAUUCAGACUUCAGUACAGCAACUGCUUUGAUUUCAUUUGGAGCAGUCCUGGGGAAGACAAGUCCUCUUCAGAUGCUGAUAUUGACAAUUCUGGAGAUUACAAUCUUUGCAUGCAACGAACACCUAGUUACAGAAAUAUUUCAGGCUACAGAUGUUGGAGCCUCAAUGACCAUCCAUGCUUUUGGAGCUUAUUUUGGUUUAGCCGUAACCCUGGUCUUGUGUCGUCCUGGUCUGAAAAAAAAACAUGAAAAUGAAGAAUCUACCUAUCAGUCGGACAUAUCUGCCAUGAUUGGUACCUUGUUCCUUUGGCUUUUUUGGCCCAGUUUUAACUCUGCCACUGCAUCUGAAAACAUUUUCUAUAUUAAAGCAAUUGUCAACACCUACUAUUCCUUGGCCGCAUGUACUGUUGUAACAUUCGCCCUCUCCAGCCUGCUGGAUCAAAGAGGCAAAUUCAGUAUGGUUCUCAUCCAAAAUGCCACCUUGGCAGGAGGAGUAGCAGUGGGUACCUGUGCUGACUUGUCAAUAAACCCUUUUAUUGCCAUGUGCAUUGGGAGCAUUGCUGGAAUCAUCUCUGUCCUUGGGUUCCACUUCCUGACUCCUUUGUUGGCAUCCAAGUUGAACAUUCAUGACACUUGUGGAGUUCAUAAUUUACAUGGGUUACCUGGAAUACUGGGAGGUAUUGCUGGCAUCGUAGUAACUGCAAUAAAUGAGGAAAAUAGGCGAAAUAGCCGCCUAACUCCUGGCAUGCAGGCUGCUGCCCUGGGCAGCACAAUCGGAAUUGCACUGGCGGGUGGAGCACUGACAGGUGGAAUUCUAAAGCUGCCUUUCUUGGGACAAGUGUCUGACCAGAACUGCUUUGACGACUCUGUUUUCUGGGAGGUUCCAGAAGAGAAGAAACCACAGGAAAUUCACUCCAACAACUAUGAUGAGCACAGCAGAUUUGAAGCCACCAUGUAGAAAAAGUAUUAAUCUAUAAUAUUUGCCUUAAUGAUGCUCUUUCAAGUUUCUAAUGCUAAAAAAAACAACUUACAAGUAUUGUCCUAACCACACUAGGUUUUCAACAAGGAGCUGUAGGUAGCUAUAAUUUUAAAAUAUAAAACAAGCUUCAUUGUAGAAUACAUAGUUAUUAUACCAAAUUCAGGUGAAUUAAUGGGAUCCUUCCAAUAUAUUUGUUCAUCAGAAAAA